AUGAAGUACUUAUGUGUAAUAUUAUUUUUGUGUGGACAGUACGGUGUGGGGUCUAUCUUGGAUAAUAGUGAAACGGAAAGCACAGAGUUAUCGAGAGCUUUGGACGACCGGCCUCUUUUGUUUGCCACGUUAGGAGGCGGCAUGGUUGCCCUCGAACCUCUAGCGGGAAAUAUUAUUUGGAAAUUAAAAGAUGAGCCGGUCGUCAAAGUACCUAAUCAGCAGGCGAAUUUGAUGCCACAGUUCCUGCCGGAUCCUCGUCAUGGGUUCUUAUACAUGUAUGGUCCUAGAGGCGACCAGCAGAUGUUAAAGAAACUACCAUUUACUAUACCUGAACUGGUGGCGAAUGCCCCAUGUCGUUCUACCGAUGGUAUUCUCUACACAGGGAAGAAAAGCGACACUUGGUUUAUGUUAGAUCCUUUGACUGGGUCUAGGGAACAUGUAUCAGGUUUCGAGAAAACGAAGAUAUUCAAGAAUUCAGAUGACAAUACGUGCGUGCCAGACAAAAAAAGAGGCAUUUACGUAGCAAGAACUGAAUACAAUAUACUGAUGCAUGAUUCCAAGAAUGAGAAUCACAAGUGGAAUGUCACCUUUUUUGAUUACACAUCUCAUGCUAUGGCCAAAGAGAAGCUGAAUGAUUACGGCAUAAUCCACUUCACUUCGACAUCAAGCGGACGUGUUAUGUCGUUUGAUCGCAAGACGGGCGACCUUGUUUGGUCCCACAACUUCGAGACGCCUGUUGUCGCCGCCUACUUACUAGACUCUAGAGAGGGCCUUAUCUCCGUGCCUUUCAAUUCAAUAGGAGAUGACACAUUAGACCAUAUUAUGGAGGACGCAACUACCUUGAGCAAUGGUCAGGGGAUAAAGAAUUCGAAUAUCGAAUUGUAUCCCACAUUAUACGUUGGUGAACACAACCAUGGCCUUUAUGCGCUCACUUCACUUGUAGAUAAGAACACGAUAACUAUAUCCACUGGUCACACACAACCAUUACUUAUAGAAGGCCCGUCGGCAAUAGAACAAAAGAAGGACCAAGAAACGUAUGAGCCAUUUAAAAACGUACACUACAAGCUAAACGAUUUGAACUUGCAUCUAGCAGCUCCAUAUUUAUUGCUAGGACAUUACAAAGUCCCUGAACUAACGACGACAUGGAUGCCUCAAAUUCCAAAUUCGAAAUUUCUCAACAUGCACAAUUCGCAGAAGAGCGCUAUGAAGUUAAUCAAUGGUCAAGUUCAUUCUGAGAGUCAGAAUGACGUUGAGAACGAAACCAAUUUAAAAUCGAAUUCGAUAUCAGUGUCCGUUCAAACUGAAGAUUUGUUCGAAGGAUUCAACUUCAGACCUGAUUUGUGGUACAAGAGAAUGUAUGUGUGGUUUCACCAACAAGAAAAUCAAGUGUUAAAAGUGGCUCUCAUAAUUUUGGUUGGAUUGGUGAUUGCUAUGUUCUGGUAUCUUCGUUAUCAGGCACGGGAAUUCCAACAGCUAUCACAAGGUGGAUCCCGCACAUCAAAUACAUCGACGGCAUCUAAUGGUGAAGUUACUGGCCAGUUAAUGGACAUUGGUAACGGAGAAGUGCGCAUUGGCAAGAUCGCAUUCAACACUGAUCAAGUGCUGGGCAAAGGGUGCGAGGGAACUUUUGUUUAUAGAGGCACGUUUGAUAAACGCGCCGUAGCAGUGAAACGUUUGUUACCAGAAUGCUUCACGUUCGCGGACCGUGAGGUGGCGCUACUGCGCGAGUCUGAUGCGCAUGCGCACGUUGUGCGGUACUACUGCACCGAGAGAGACAAACAGUUUAGAUAUAUUGCGUUAGAGCUGUGCUCAGCUACGCUACAAGACUACGUAGAGAAGAAGCUUAACUUCGAAUGUAGGAUAGACGAAGUCGAAGUUUUGAGACAAGCUACUAUGGGGCUGUCGCAUUUACAUUCUAUGGAUAUAGUUCAUAGAGACGUGAAACCUCACAAUGUACUGCUGUCAAUGCCGACGGGUGCGGGUGAAGUGCGCGCCAUGAUCUCGGACUUCGGUUUGUCGAAGAAGCUCAACAUUGGGCGGGUGAGCUUCUCGAGGCGCUCCGGGGUCACCGGCACUGACGGCUGGAUCGCGCCUGAGAUGAUCAAUGGGGAGAGGACGACUACCUCGGUAGACAUCUUUUCACUGGGAUGUGUUUUCUAUUACGUACUGUCUAAGGGCCAUCAUCCGUUCGGUGACAUGCUCAGAAGACAAGCCAACAUACUCACUGGAGAUUAUAAUUUAGAACAACUAGAGAAAGUAUUACCCGAGGAAGAAGUGCUACUCACCAAGAUAUUAAUCCGAGCCAUGAUAUCGUCACGGCCGAGUGCGCGACCACCCUGUGAGACGGUGCUCAAGUACCCUAUGUUCUGGGGCAAGCAGAGCAUACUCAAUUUCCUACAGGAUGUAAGCGAUCAGGUGGAAAACGGCGGCGGUGGUUCUGAAGCGGCUCUAGAGCGUGGCGCGCGUAAAGUAGUGCGCGGCGACUGGAGGGCGCGCGUCUGCGGCGCCGUGGCCAGCGACCUGCGCGCCAGGAGGACCUACCGCGGGGACCGCGCCGCGCAUCUGCUCAGGGCUAUACGGAAUAAGAAACAUCACUACCGAGAACUGGAGUCAGAAGCUCGCGAAAACCUCGGCAAGCUACCUGAUGGGUUUGUCACAUACUGGCUGAAGAGAUUCCCGCUACUGCUGCCCCACGUAUGGAUCCAAAUGCAAAGUUAUCGACACGAAGAUAUUUUACAAGCAUAUUAUCCGCAUUCGUUCACAUUUAACAGAGAUGACGUCUUAGAACUGCAGGACGACGGUGAGUACGAAGAAAUACCGGAGGAAAUGUGCGACCCAGAAAGGAAUGGUCUGUUUCAUAAGAGCAGAGCGUUUAUCGACGAACAUCAAGACCAGAAAAGGUUUAAAAAAGAAGUGUCACCAAAAUCGUCACCGAGAAGACAUGUCGUCGACUGGAGGAGCGAUUCGAGGCCAGAUGACUUCAGACUUAGAGACAGACAUUACUAUAAGAAGAAAGAGAAAAAACGAGAGGAAUAUGUAGUAUGGACAUUGCCUCCACAGUGA